AUGGAUCCGUUAUCUGCAAUCAGCGAGGAGCUGGCGGAGAUCGACGGCCAAAUCGCCGACGUCUUCCGUGCGUUAUCGAAUGGGUUUCAGAAGGUGGAGAAGAUCAAGGACUCGAAUAGGCAGAGCCGGCAGCUGGAGGAUCUCACUGAUAAGAUGCGGGACUGUAAGAGACUUAUCAAAGAGUUUGACAAGGAAGUAAAGAAUAUGGAGAGACGAAUUGAUCCAGACACAAGUAGAAUGCUGAGUGAGAAAAAGCAAUCAAUGAUCAAAGAGUUGAACUCAUAUGUGGCUUUGAAAAAACAAUAUGCAACAAAUCUUGAAAACAAGAAAGUGGAUCUCUUUGAUGCACCAGCUAAUGAAUACGGGGAACAAAAUGUGUUGCUUGCCUCGGGUAUGACAAAUCAGCAACUUAUUGAUAAUGGACACCAAAUGAUGGAUGAGACUGAUCAAGCCAUCGAUAGAGCACAAAAGGUUGUUCAUGAGACUAUCAAUGUUGGAACAGAGACAGCAGCAACUCUCAAGGCUCAAACUGAACAAAUGAGUAGGAUUGUUAACGAGCUGGACUCUAUCCAUUUCUCAAUCAAGAAGGCUACCAAGCUGGUGAAGGAAAUUGGUAGGCAGGUUGCAACUGAUAGGUGUAUUAUGGGAUUUCUUGUCCUUAUUGUCAUUGGAGUCAUAGCCAUCAUCAUUGUGAAGAUCGUUCAUCCGAACAACAAAGACAUUCGAGAUAUUCCUGGGCUUGCCCCUCCUGCGAUGAACCGAAAAUUACUGUGGAGUCCUUAUUGAAGAGAGUUCAAAGAGAGUUGAAAAUGAAUGAUAUGAUAAGAUUGCCAAGAUGAUUUGCAUUCAUGGUCAGAUGACUGUUAGCUUGUGAUGCUGUUCUUGGCCCUGUUUCAUAAAGCAGGUAGUGAAUGACUUCCCAGUCAGUUGCAAUAGAGACCGGCUCAAUUUCCAGAAAGCUAGUCUCAUUACUGUUGUUGUGCCUUGUUCAUUGGCUUCCCCUGAGAUCUGUUGUAUGAUCAAAAUUUUUCUUCUUCCCCGCCCGACUAUAAAAGUUACUCCCUAUUAAAGCGAGGAAAACUUACAAUGUGUAUUCUAGGUUGUAUUGGUUUAUACCUUAUUACCUUGUAUAAACAGAGUGAUUUUGUAGUCCCUUUUACUAAAACCUCUUGAUGUACGAAAACGUAAUAUACUUCUGAAGUGAAAUCAAUUUGAAUCUUUGGUGUAGGGUUUGACCAAACAAAUCCCCAUUUU